AUGCAUGCCACAACUGACGGCCCAACUCUUGCGACCGAAAACGUGCCGCAACCUUCCAGCGCGUCCAUAACCUCCACAUCACCCCCGUCGCUCACCCCCACGCUGUCCGUAUCUCCAAAUGACUCCGGCACCUCCCACCGCCUGAAUACCAAAUCAUCCCUGUGGUCCCUCGGAAGCAGCAACAACGAAGAGGAAGCCCUGACCCCCGAACCCGCCAACCGUACCGUUCGCCGCCGCCUGUCUCCUGCCCUCGCAGCUCGGGUCAAGCUCUUGGAUGGAAGCAAUAAGGUCAUAUCCCCAGGUCGCACCGCUAAUGCUGUCGGUCGGAUCCCUGAAGAGCACCUGAAGGAGCUCGACAGUCUUCACCAAGACCUGUCUAUAAAGGUAGAGAGGAGGGGCCAGGCGUGGAAUGGUAAAGAUAUAUCACCGGGACACACUCAGACUUUGAGACGCAGCGCGUCAAAUCAGCUUGAGCUACCCCACCAAGAUAUCCUCCGAGAGAUCUCUGACGCGCAAGGACUGGAUCCCGAGUCGACGGAAGCUGUUGUGGAGGGCCCCGAACUCCGCACCCCGACCACGCCCGCGCCAGUGACUCUGCGAUCCCCGGAAUUGCAAAGCUCGGUCAUUGCGACUGAGCCGGCGCCUGUCGAAGUCCCGGAGGUGCAUCUUUCAACCCUUACAACCGAACCAGAAUCUGUCGAAUCCCCGGAGCUGCACAGUCCACCCACUGCCACCGAGUCGGUGUCUGUCGAAUCCGCAGAACAAAGCCCAGCGGUUGCGACUGAGCCGGUAUCCGUCGAAAUCCCCGAGCUGCGCACCCCAACCCCUACGACUGGACCAGUGAUCGCCGACUCCCAAGAGCUCAGCAGCAGCCCGCCCACACCCACACCAAUGUCUGUCGCAGAGCCGGUCCUCGCGCAGCCGCGUGUGGACCCCAUGCAACAUAACAUCCCUCGAAAGGAAGUGCCUGAUACACGGACAGAUUUCGAGAAGUAUGUCGCUGAUACCGCCCGGAAGGAGGAAAAUUCUACGGAGGAGCAGGGUGCUCCUCCUCCGCCACCGAAGGACUCUCCUCCCGCGAAUGCCGGGCACUCGCGCUCAUCUUCUACGAAUUCAUCUUACUUUAACCCCAUGGGCCUCCAGCGCGCAGACUCAAUAUACUCUUUCUCUCGCGCAUCGUUCAGCAAUCAGCUCUCCCAAUUGACUUCAAUACCCCUCCCGCAGCCAGCCUCGCUUGAGGCAAGCAUUGAAAGUAUUCAAACGUCUCUCUCGGCAGUCCGGGCUCUCAAUGGUGCCGCAGAGCAGAUCCAGAUCUGGAUCAAGAAGGCCUCGGACGUAUUGAGUGGCUUGGACUCCGAGGAUGAUGUGGAAUGGGCUGCGGCUGGUGGCCGGGAGGGGCUAGAUGAGGUCGAUAAGGCCAUCACGCGAUUCGAGUCUCUAGUCGAUGUCUAUGUUAGAGCCAUUGAAAAUGUUCAAUUACGAGGGGACAUUGCCAGUGUCGACGCAGAGAACUUGAAGACCAUUGUGAGCCAGAUGGAAAGUAUUUUGCAAAACUGGACUCAAAUAAAGAGAAAGCUGAAAGGCGUUAAAGAGCAGGUUGAGCUGGCUAUGGAAUGGGAAGAGCUGUGGUCCAAUGUCUUGGGUGAUGUUGGAAUGGAAGUCGACAAUCUGAGCGGGUUGAUCUUCGAAAUGGAAGAGAAACGACACCAAGCUCUGAUGGAUACAGGUGAGACCACUGGUGGUCUUGAUAUAAACGAACUGGAGACCAUCGUGGAAGAGUCUCCUUCCAAAGGUCGCACGGCUUCACAUAAUCGCUUGAGUAUUGGUCCAAUGCUGGCCACUGCGUCUGGUACUCCUGUUAUCAAGACCCCGCAAGACGAUACGAGUCACUCUAACCUGAUGGCCAUCUUUGCCCGAAUGCAGCCGUUGCGCGCAUCGUUGGACUUUUUGCCCAUGCGACUUUCAAUGUUCCAGGCACGAGCUGAGGAUAUCUUCCCGAGUGCCUGUGAAGAGAUUGAAGACCGUCGCGAUCGGCUGGAGAAAAGCUACAAGGUUCUUGAGACUGAUGCCGAGGCACUCCGCAAAGAACUCGGAGAGGAUAAGUGGAUUUUGGUUUUCCGCAAUGCUGGUGCGCAGGCACAGAAGAUGUUUGAGUCUGUCGAGCGAAGCAUCGGCAAACUGCAAGAAGGGUUGGAAAGUGGUAUGCCGGUACAUAACCCCUCUACCAUCACCAAGCGUAUGGAAAACUACGAGGCCAAAAAGAUGCAUUACAUUCCCGCCAUAGAGCGUGUGGUCUCAAUCAUCCAAAAGGGUGUCCAUGAUCGGUUGACCGUCAACGGAGAGAUCCUGCGACUGUUGUCGGAUAUGACGACCCGCACAGAUGCGUUGAAAGCCAGCACUAGAGUUAUGGACGCAUCACUUGAAGAUGUGCAAGUUCUCAAGGGCCAGCAACUUCGAGAUUCGAUCUCCAGCAUUCUCACCAUGGAAAGCCCGGCACCAGGCAGUGCCGCCGAGACUCCAGGAAGCUCCCCUGCAUCGUCGGUCAUCAUGACUGGAAACGGUUACAAAGGCACCUUGACUCCAAUGGGUGGUUCCAGUCGUCGUGGAAGUUCCGUCAGCCUGGCUGCAGCUCGUUCUGCCAUACCGCCAAAUCGUCGAUACUCUAGCCUGCCACAGCCCACUGGCACCUACACAGGCAGGAAAUCCUCAAUUCCCCAUCCAUCUGGUUUCAUCUCUCCAACUCCCUCGUAUAAAAACUCCAACCUCUACACUCCCACACCAGCUGCCCGCUCUCGCACACCCGCACCUACAUCCACAAUUCCCAAUCGCCCUCGCUGGAACGGGAGCGCAAACCUGAACGACAUGAACAAAAAUUGGACAGAUCAAAAACGCCUGUCAUCUGCGCCGAUGGCCCGCACACCUCGACCUGCAUCAGCCACUCCAUUCCACAACCACUAUCGACGAGACCUGUCUGCAUCACCAAACCCGAACGGCUACCGGGCAAACAGUCGUAUCUCCAGCCGUCUCGGUUCUCGAAGUCCCAACCGGAACGCAUCUCCCACGCCAGUUCGGUCCUCGAUCCUCGAUCCUCCUCCUUACAGUCGGCUUCGUCGACAGUCAGGAAUUCCUAACACUCCUCGCAGUCGUCAGAGUUAUGCCGGCCCCCCUCAGCCGAUCUUCGCCCGCAGUGUAUCAGGCACUACAGAUGUUUCUGAGACACCUAGUAAAUCGUCACGACCGGGCACAGCACUAGGCCAUUCUACAAACCGAAGAAUUAGUCUACUUCCGCUACCCAAGAGAACGGACGGGCCUGCUGCACCAAAGAACGUGGACAGUCGUCCGCGGUGGCGUUGA